UGGAAACUCGAACACGUAAGUGUUCCAGUAAGAUUUUUGCGACUGGACAAGGCGCAUGAACGACGAUGAAAAGUGAACGUUUUUUAUUUCUGCUCGUAGUGUUGUGUGCUCGUGGAUCGGAAUCGGCCGAGCCACCUAAAGAAAUCAAGGUCCUUUUGGAAAUAGUGCGGGAAAAAUGUCAUCGGGAAACUGGCGUCGACAUCGAGCACGUUGAAAAAACAAUGGAUGGAUAUUUCCACGAUAGCGAAGUACUGGGUUGUUAUUUUUCUUGUGUGUUUAAUUCAUUCGAUUUGCUGGAUCACGAAGGACACAUGGAUUUCGACAAAAUGUUAACCAAAUUAUCGGCAGUACAGUCGUUCACUCAUGCUCCUGAGAUCGUCGCGGCUUGCCGACACAUAACUGGACCGAAUCCAUGUCGAAGUGCACUGAAUAUUAUGCAAUGCUUUCACAAAGCCAAUCCGGAUAGAUACUUCCUCAUAUAAAUUCGAUGGCAAUAAAGUUUCUUAAUGUUUUAUUGCCUUAAAAUCGAUUGUAAAUAAGAUCAAAGGUAUAUAAAGCUUAUGUGAAUAAUUCUCUCGAGUAAUUAUUAAAAUUAUUACAGAUUUUAGAAUUGCAAUUUGGCCAAUAAAUAAAACUUAAUAAUUAUUUACAUUUCUAAA